UCCAACCAUUCGAGACCUAAGAUGGCGGACCGGCGGCGAAGGAGGAGGCGCGCGUCCCAGGACAGCGAGGACGACGACGAGUCCGGGUCGGGUUCGGACAGCGGGAGGUCGGGCUCACCGGCGACCAAGAGCCGAGGGAGAGAGCCCGACCCGCCGGAGGCCACAGCGGCCCGGGUCGAGACGAAGAUCGCCGCGGAGUCCGAGUGUGAGAGUGAAGAUGGAGUUGGAGAAGCGGUCCUCUCCGACUACGACAGCGCCGAUCCAGAGGAGAACGGCUCCCACUCGGAGGGAGUGGAGGAGGAAGAGGAGGCAGAGCAUUUCAGUGAUGAAGAAGCUCCAGCAGCAGCCAGCGUUCCCCAACCCCCUGCUGCCGACGGCCCGAUAAAGGUGGAGGAGGUGGAGGAGGAGGCGGUGGGUGCGGAGGAGGAGGAGGAGGAGGAGGCGGGUGAAGAAGUAGAAGAGGAAGAAGAAGAGGAGGCGGCAGAGGGAACAGAACAGAGUAAAGAGGAGAGCAAGGCCGAGGAGAAAGAGAACCUGGCUGGAGAGAGACAGAGCGGUGACGGACAGGUGAGACCGGCUCGACCAACCUGUGACCUCACAACUCACCACACAGACACAAAUGAAGAACGAGAACACGUUUCAUAUGAUUUUAAUAUUUGAUGCGAGAUGAAUCACUGAAAUGUGAAUCACAUCACAAUAGCUGUCAAAAUAAUCCCACUAUGACGUGUUAUUGUGCAGCCCUGUGAGGCUUUAACCUGUUGAACCCGACGGACACCCGGCACAGGGUCG